GGCCACAGCAAAAGUUUGCGCUUUGACUUGGCUGGGACAGAGGCUGAACAAGCCGGUUGAGGAACACGCGACCAGGACUAGUGCUUGCGACGGCCCAGCCAAGCCAGAAGGAAACCCAAGCCACAGCAGCUCCCCGAGCACGGGACUGGUCUGAGCGGGGGCGGCCCUCAAGAUGCUAGCGUCCUGGUGUUCUCUGCAGACCGAGGAGCCCGCUCCCAGCCCCCUGCUGGAGUCUCGCCCGCACCUUUCCGGAGCCACAGCGGCAGUCUCGCGGCGGCCUUGACAUGAGCGUUCCCCGGGCGCCCUCUAGUGGCUUGUGCGGCUAACUGUCGGCGUCGAUGGCAGCCACGAUCCCGCCCCUCUCACUCACGCAGCCAGCCUCGGCCAAUGAGACGCUGCGGAAACAUUACAGCUUCGUGGGGAAGCUGGAAGACAGGCUGAAGGACCCCUCCGAGGGCAACACGCUCACCACCGCCCUCUUCCUGGUGCUCUGCAGCUUCAUCGUCUUGGAGAACCUGAUGGUUCUGAUCGCCAUCUGGAAGAACAAUAAAUUUCACAAUCGCAUGUACUUUUUCAUCGGCAACCUGGCCCUGUGCGACCUGCUGGCGGGGGUACUGUACAAGGUCAACAUUCUGAUGUCAGGUCAGAAGACGUUCAGCCUGUCACUGACCGUCUGGUUCGUCAGGGAGGGCAGUAUGUUUGUGGCUCUAGGCGCAUCCACCUGCAGCUUGCUGGCCAUUGCCAUCGAGCGCCACCUGACCAUGAUCAAGAUGAGGCCCUAUGAUGCCAACAAGAAGCACCGGGUCUUCCUUCUGAUUGGCAUGUGCUGGCUCAUCGCCUUCUCGCUGGGUGCCUUGCCCAUCCUGGGCUGGAACUGCCUGCAGAACCUGCCUGACUGCUCCACCAUCCUUCCCCUGUACUCCAAGAAGUACAUCGCCUUCUGCAUCAGCAUCUUCAUAGCCAUCCUGGUGACCAUUGUGAUCCUGUACGCACGCAUCUACUUCCUGGUGAAGUCCAGCAGCCGCAAGGUGGCCAACCACAACUCCGAGCGGUCCAUGGCCCUGCUUCGUACAGUGGUGAUCGUGGUGAGUGUGUUCAUCGCCUGCUGGUCUCCACUUUUCAUCCUCUUCCUCAUCGAUGUGGCCUGCAGGGUCAAGGAAUGCUCUGUCCUUUUUCAGGACAGGUGGUUCAUCAUGCUGGCUGUCCUCAACUCUGCCAUGAACCCUGUCAUCUACACACUGGCCAGCAAGGAGAUGCGGCGCGCCUUCUUCCGUCUGGUCUGCAACUGCCUGGUCAAGAGCAAGGGGUCUCACGCUUCACCCAUGAAGCCUGCUCUAGACCCAAGCAGGAGCAAAUCUAGCAGCAGCAACAGCAGUCACUCUCCAAAGAUCAAGGAAGACUUGCCUGCUAUGCCCACCUCCUCUUGCAUCAUGGACAGAAACAGAAUCCUUCAGAAUGGCGUGCUCGGCCAGUGAACCCUCCUGCGGCCGGCCCUGCACCCAUGCUCUAUUUAUUGCAUGCAUGUCUCGAUUCCGUGUGGGCCCUCUAGGAGCUGUGACUUGGGAGCUCUAUUUGACAUUGCCUGACAUCCCGGUUGGUGUGGAUGUCUCCGGAAGAGACGUCCUGAGAAACUGUCAACCCAUUUCAGUGGAGACACUGUGCCUUGUCCAUUUUCACAGUGCUCUGAACGCACUAAGCUGCUUACAUCAUCCGCUGCCUUCCUUUGGAUCCUGACAACCACUUCCUGUGGCUCGCAGAGGGGAAGGUCACAGGCCACACAGUGCACAGUGUGCCUCUCAGUAGGCCUCUGGGUGAUGUUUUGAUGCCUUCACACUACACUGAUUGUGCAUAGGAAUUGUAUAUUCAUUAGUUUCCCUGUCUGUGUCGCAUGGAAUUUGUGUUCCAUGGAUUUGCUGCAUGGUGCCUACAGUCUCAGCACCCUGUGCAGUUAUGUAACUGUCCUGUAAAUGUGUUCAAACUACAGCACCACAUCUGAGGACAUGCACCCCGAGCGCCUCAGACUGGUAGGAGGUCUUCUGGGAAGCACAGUCAUAAAGCCCAGCUGUGUGGUCUGACCCAGCUGGCCCUGUGCUCCUCUUCUCCUCCUGUUCUUCUCAUCAUUGUACGCUUAUCCAGAAGCCAAACAGUGUGAUUAUGAAAGCCAGCCUAGCUCUCCUAGCACCGGUGUGUCCUCCCACCAACCACCAAAAGCCUGCAAAUGUGUGAGGAGGGCUCACCUUGGGAGUCAUAAUCUGCUUAAUGCAGCUGAGUUUCCACCACAACAAGAGGUUUACAAGACAGCACUUUUGAUUCUUUAUCCAGUUCAGUUCUUACCAGAAAAGCACAGAAUCAGGAAUUGCUCAUACUUCACCACCCAUGGCUGAGGCCAUCAGCAAAGUCUCAGGAUCCUGACAGUAGACAUUGAUCAUGAUUGUGACUGUUGAUGGGAGCAGCAGAACUGAGGUCAGAGACUGUGACUGGCAGUUUUAUGGGCUCCUCCGAGAGCCGUGCACUGACAGUACCCACGCAGCACUGUGAGCUUACUUUCCAACAUAAGCUGACUCUGUCUCGCUCUGUUGAUCCUACAAAGGCAGCACUCAGAAGAUGUCUCUGUCCUGCUGUCCCCAAGGGUUCCAUGCACAGCACACACAGACGUGGAGCUAGCAUGCACACCACUGCUGUGCUGAGUUCUUUGUAAAAACAACAGAAACAGCCUUCAGAAGGGUGAACCUCGCAACAGAGCUCCCUCAAGUGCUUAGGUUCGGUGAGAAUUGAUUCCUCAAUGUAUCCAAUGUAAGCUGCUGUUGCUGAGGGGUGUUUUCGUGAGUCCCUGGUGACCUCGGCAUACUGACCAAAGACUUUCCUCAUCUUCGUUCCUGAUGAGAUAGAGCCUAUUGGUAAGGAGAUGCUCCUGAAUGGCAUGUGUUGUUGCAUUCUGUACAUCCCUGAAAAGUGGUGCAUUUUCUCAGCGAAUGGCAUGAGAGGAGUCAAGAAAUUUCUAGGAAAGAAAAAACCACAUGUGUGGAGGGAAGCCACAUGUAUUUUUCACCUAGGAAAUGAAGUGUUUUUUAAAAGUCCAUCUAUCAUAGUUUGAGUUGCUUUGGAAGCCUCAGCUCUCUGCCACUAAUACUGAUUACACCUUGUUCUACUGCCUUGACUUCACCAAUGCCUUUGUGUUGGUGUCCACUCUGAUCCUUCUAGAAACUACUACCACUUCUCCUGCUGGGAGGGGCCAUGUGUGGCAUGUUGAUAAAGCCUCCUGGAGAUAACACAAAGUUUUUAAGCAAAGUGAACUAAAAAUACAUGAAGAAAGUAAUUGUGAUCACUGAUACAGGUCUGACACCAUUUGCAGGCACAUACCUGCCCAGCCAGCUGGAGGUCAUUUAGGAGUGAGGCAGUCCCAGCUCUCGCAAUGUGGGUUUGAGUCCGGUGAUCAUAUAUGCCACAGAGAAUCUAUGAGUUUGAUCUCACUGCAUUUAGUAGCCUUUACUCUUUCCAAUGUGUUUGUUAAAAAAAUCCCAUUGUAUGUUUGUUUAAAAAAAAAUAAAACCAAAAGCCGUUA